AGAUGAAUGGGAGCUUACAAUUGUACAUAGUAAAGUAGUUUCGGGAAGGUACACACUCUCAGGUCUUAAGUCAUCUAAAUUCGAAGGGUCUUUCUUCUCUACAGACAGAAAAACCAGAGAGAGAUGGGGAUUUGGGACGUGAUAUAUUCCAUCGGCGACGGAGUUAAAGGAAUAACACCGGAUCUAUCGACGGUGAAACGCGCAGGCAGCACAGCUUACAAUUACACUUCCGCCACCGUUACAAAGAUCAAUCAGGUGGCUAGAGUGGACGGUAUUCACAAGCUCCCUCAGUACUGGCCCCAGAUCACCCUUUUCACCACCACGCUUGCUAAAAACACCGCCAAAUACGCCGCAUACGAAGGCUUCAAACACAUUCCUGGUGCAACUGUGGCAACUAAGUUGGUUUCUGAUACAAUGCGUGAAGUUCAACGACAAAGUCAAAAAGAUGGAAUUAAAGGAAAGGUGGACAGAUUGGAGGUAGACUUGAGGAGAUUAACUCCACAACAAGGAUGUUCAAGCGAAAAUGGGAAAUUAAGCUCUCAAGUUGCAGUUGAAAGUGGACAUGAGAAGGCUAGAGACGUCAUUAACAUGUUCAUGAAGACGGAGUUUGUAGGAAACCAAAUGUUUCAUGACUUGAUGGUCCCUAAAAUUGUUCGUAUGGAGAAGAAAAACGAGUAGAAGUCAAUCGGUGUAAUGUGUAUGUGUGUUGUUAUGGCAGGUCUAAAUAUAUGUAAGGCCCACGGGAGGAAAAAAGAAGGGCUCUUAUGUCACAAAUUACUAAAUAUAUGUUUGGUGGCUUUGAUAUGUUUGAGACAAAUAUCACAAAAGACAUCUUAUUGUGGAAAUCUUAUUAAAAUUAAUCCCUCUAUUAACUUCUUAGGCUACAUGGAGUGGUAGCAUUCUUACCCU